AUGACUUUUGCAACAACUGUCGAAUCUCCAGGGGUUCAUUGGAGCGGCGCGGAGAGGCACAAAGACAUUUCGUACGUGCCUGGGCUUGUGGCAAGCAGUGAUAGCAUGAGGAAGCAGCAGCAGCAGCAACAACAACAACAGCAGCAGCAGCAACAUCAUCAGCAGAAGCAACAACAGCAGCAACACAAUCAGCAACAGCAGCAGCGCACUAAGAGCCGCCGCCCGCGGAUUUCUGGGCGGAGCAUAUUUCUUGGAAGCAGUAUCAGAAAGGUUUCGUCUCGGAGCAUAUCUGUACGCCCCAGAAGCCUGCAUACACCUCACAAUCAAGCAACCACUACUGCUGCUGCUGCUGCACCUGUCACGCCUCUUGUCUUUGGGGGACACACUCAUGCCCUUCUUGGGGACCUGCAGCAGCUCCUUGGCAGCCCGCUGCAGCAGCAGCAGCAAUUGCUGCUGCAGCAGCAAUUGCAGCAGCAACUGCUGCGCCAGCGGCAACAGAGGCGGGAGAAGUUGCAGGACAAACGAAAUUCUGUAGAGACACGGAAGGCUCAUGAGACAGAGCAGCUGCACGCGUUAGAGCAGCGGUUCGCUGCUGCGGCUCCGGCAGGUGCUUUGCUGUCUCAACAGGCGCCCUCAGCAGGUGCAGCAGCAGCAGCAGCAACAGCGGCAGCGGGACUGCUGGCGCGCAUUAGAGCCAGUAAACGCUCCAGCAACAGCAAUAAAGAAACCCAGGAGCAACAGAUGCUGCAGCAGCAGCACAUUUUUCUUAGCUCCACAACACAGAGCAGUCUUCAUGAAAGACGCCGACUCUGGGAGGAAAGCAGCAGCAGCAGCAGCAGAAGCACCAGCAGAAGCAGCAGCAGAGGCAGCAAGGCCGGCGACCAAUCAAACCAAGAAAGCCCCUACACCUCAGGCCUACUGGCAGCCACAAACAGCAGAAGCAGCAGCAGACACAGCAUCAACAGCAACGAAGACUUUUCAUUGCAGCACUGGACAUCACGACAAAUGCGGUGGUGCCUCAGAAGAGACUCGUCGUCAGACAGCGAAGGUCGCUCAACUGUCUGUACACUGCAACAAACGGAACACCAACAAAUGCAGCAACCUGAGGAGGGACAGCUGCCGCCACUCCAACCACAGAGAGAAGCAAAAGCAGCAGGAGAAGCAGCAGUAGCCUCGUUGAGUGAUAUGGAUUCAAAGAUCAGCGCUGUGUACUGCGACGCUGCCGACAGCAGAAACAAGAGCAUUCCAGCACCUCUCCACAACUCUGUCAGCAGCAGCAAGAGCAGCAACACCAAUAGCAGAAGGGGCGGCAACAACAGCAGCAGUAGAAAUAUCAGCACCAACAGCAGCAACAACAGUAACGGCAGCAGCACCAGCAACACCAACAGCAGCAGCAGCAUUACAAAGAAACCCACCCAAGACUGUGCUGUUCAGGUGUCUUUGGACCUCCUUGAAGGCUAUGAGCUCUCAUCGGGCGGCCUGAACGUUCAGAGUCCCUCCAAUACCAGUAUUAGCGACCCGGAUGUAGCUGCUCCUUCUGUUCCUGCUGCUGCUGCAGGUACUUCUGGUGCUGCAUCUACUGCUGCAGCAGCGACUGCUGCUGCAGCUACUCUUGCUGCAUCAGCUACUACUGCAGGUACUCCUGACGCAGCAGCUACUCCUGCUGCAGCAGUUACUCCUGCUGCUACAGCUAUUCUUGCCGCUGCAGCUACUCCUGCUGCUGCAGUUAUAUCCGCUGCUACGGCGGACAAGGUUGCUGCAGCUGUUGCUGCUGCUGCGAAGUCAGCCGAGAUCACUAGAUGUAAGGGCCCUUCCUCUCCCUUUCAUCGGCUAGAGAAUCCGCCGCCCCUCCCCGCAUCUAAAACAUCAGCAGCAGCAACUACACCAUCAACAGGAACAACUACCACAAGGGCCCCAGCAGCAGCAGCAGCAGCAGCAAGAACAGCAGGCGCGCAAGUGGCUGCCGUGCCACUUUGGCGGUCAGCCGCAAUACCCUCGCUGCACGAUGAAGUCGUUUCAAAUGAGGUGUUGCUGCAGCCUAGAGCCAGUAAAGAGCAAAGCCUAUCGAAGCUUAGCAUACACCCGAAACGCACAAGCUACAGCCCAAUGGGGCGCUCUGUAGAUGCAGCACGAGACGCACCUGCAGGUCUCGCAGCUGGAAGACCAGUGGACCACUCGUUUGAAGCGCAAGGGGCGUAUGCAACCCGCACAACGUCCUCAUCUUACGACAGCAGCAGCAACAACAGCAGCAGCAAGAGCAGCAGAGGCAGCGGCGUGAAUAACAGCGAGCUGCGCCUGCAGGCGGGGGCUCCCAGAGGUAUUCCUUUGGCGCUGCUUCUAAGGGAAAAAUACACAAAGUGGAAACCCCCCAAAAGAAAACCCAAGCCCAAGCCUGCAAAUGACUCCAGUCAGCAAGUACAGCAGCCUCUGCAGCAGCAGCCGCUGCUGCAGCAGCUGCCGCUGUUGUUGGGUCGCGGAAUGUAUCAGCAAGCGCACGAAUCCCCUAGCGACAAAGGCGAGAUGUUGAACAGCAGCAGCAAAAAAGGAGAAAUGGCAUUUCAAUGUUCUGCUCCUGUGAAGUGUAUAGACACCUCAACCAGCACCGUUGGGGUGAAGCCCCUGCGGCCUAAGCACAGCGCAAGUUCCCGCACAGCAGACACCUUGCAUCGCAGCAGCAGCAGCAAGAGCAGCAGCAGCAGGAGCCUGAGCAGAAGGGAGAGGACACAAAGAAGGUCAAGGCAAAGAGACAGCAGGCGCGAAUACAGUAUCUCCAGCCUAGACGGGUCCUCCUUUCUCUUUGAUUCUGUCAGUGCCAUGUGGGCCCCACCAAAGACAGACAAAGAGAAGCAGAAAAAGACAGGCCGCCGGGUGUACAGACAGGCAGACGACCAGCUCGAGACCAGCAGAAGGGGCGACAGAGAACGAAAUAAUGCAGCGGAGAGUUCAGCAAACAGCAGCGCUGCAGCAUUUGAAUGGAACAGCCCUCUUCAGACAAGCCCCAGAACCGCUGCUGUUGCUGCUGCUUGGACAGAGGCCAGCAGCACGAGAAGCCGAGGGGACUGGAACGCCUUCACGCGCCAAGGUGCAGCAGCUGCGGUUGCUGCCGCAGCUGCAGAAGGACCAGCAGUCUAUCGAGGAGAUUUGGGGCCGCGAACAGAAGUACCCGCUUUGGGCCUCUCGGCGCUGCAGUGCAGUCUCGCCUCCCUUACCGCCAGCGUCUCUGCCUCUGUAGGUGUUCAUAUCGAUUCUUCUUCUGCUGCUCGUUCUGCUGCUGCUUGUGCUGCUGGCUCUGCCGCUGCGGUUUUUUUUUUGCUGCGGCUGCUCCUUUCGCUGCGGUUGUUGCUUCCGCGCUUGCUACUGCUUCUGGUGCUACCGCCGAUGCACUGCGUUUCCCCUCUGUCCUAUGUUUUUGCUGUCCCAUUAGAAGAGUUCUGUGCCACGAUAGUGCAAUAA